UUCAGUUUUGUUUUGUGAGCGGUUGCGUCUGGUUGUUGUGUGCGGUACCUUUUCCACAUUUUGCGCAAAAUACAAAUUGUUGGGUGCACUUUUUUGAAAACUGUGUUUGUGUGCGUGUGCUUGUAGUGGUGGAGACUCUUGUGACUCUUCUCGUCUCUCGCACUCUCGCCCUCUCUCUGUCUAUCAUCAUCUCACUCUGUGUGGUGUGUGCAACGACGUCUCAGUGUGUGUAUGUGUGUGCAUUUUGAACAAGGAAAAGUGUUGAAGAAGUAAGAAAGAAAGCGCAACUUUGAAAGAAAAGUGAAAAACCAAGCAAAAAAAAUAAAGAAAAAUGGCAACUGAAGUAGCUCAAAUACCCGCUGAGGAAACGCCAGCAGUUGCAGCGCCAGCAAGCACAGAAAAUGCUGCUGCCGCUGCCGCUGAACAGGCGGAAAAACCUGCUGCCGACUCUGUCGCUGUUGCCGCCGUCGCUGGCGAGAACGCUGCUAACGCCCAAGACAACAACAAAGAGGAUGCUAAGGCGUCGCCUGCUGCCGCUGCUGCUGAAGAUGGAGCAGCCGCUGAUGCAAAGAAAGAUGGAGAUGCCGCCGCUGCAGUUGCAGCUCCCGCUGCGGCUGCUGGAAAAUCAGAAGCGCCAGCACAAAAGUUCAAUGUGCACAAGACCAAUUUUGAAAAGGACAUCAUCUAUCUGUAUCAGUUUUCGCGCACCCCCCUGCUGCCCUCGCUCUCACCAUAUUGCCUCAAAGUGGAGACUUGGCUGCGUCUGGUGGGACUCAAGUAUGAGAAUGUCGAUCAUAAGAUGCGUUUCCGUUCCAAGAAGGGUCAACUGCCUUUCAUUGAGCUGAAUGGCGAGGAGAUUGCCGAUUCGGCCAUCAUCAUCAAGGAGCUAUCGGCCAAGUAUGAUAAGAAUCUGGAUGCCGGUCUAACAGCCGAGCAGCGCAAUGUGUCGUAUGCCACAAUUGCCAUGUUGGAGAACCAUUUGAUCUGGAUCAUCUUCUACUGGCGUGCCAAGUAUCCCGAUAAUGUGCUAAAGGGAUACAAAGUGAAUUUGCAGCAUGCGCUCGGCUUGCGUUUGCCUAACUCCAUUUUGAAUUUCUUCUUUAAAAUAACGUUCGGUCGCAAGUGGUUCCAGGGUACGAAAAAGCUCAAGGCGCACGGUAUCGGUGUGCAUAGCGCCGAGGAGAUCGAGGAGUUCGGCAAGAACGAUCUGAAGGUGCUCAGCGAGAUGUUGGACUGCAAGCCAUUCUUCUUUGGCGAUGAGCCGACCACCUUGGAUGUGGUCGCCUUUGCGGUUCUGUCGCAACUGCAUUAUCUGUCCAAGGAUAUUGCGUAUCCAUUGCGCGAUUAUAUGACCGAGAAGUGUCCCAACUUGAUUGGUCAUGUGUCCCGCAUGAAGGACAAGUGCUUCCCCGACUGGGAUGAGAUCUGCACAAAGCUGGAUCUGAAUGCGCACAUUCCCAAGCCAGAGCCUGAGACCAAGGAAGGCAAGGAGGGUGGCGAACAGGAGAAAUCAAAUGAGCAGGAGGGCACUGAGGGUGACAAGAUCGAGAAGGAGUUGGAGAAGGACAAGUCGAACGAGAAGGAGUCGACCGAAGAGAACAAGGAGAAGGAGGAGACAAAGUAAAGCGCCGUUAGUUAUAUAUGAAAUAUAUAUAUAUAUAUCUGAAUGAAGGAGAAAGGAGAUGAAGCAGAACAACAACACCCCACAUAUAUACAUAGUACGAUACUAAUACUAUAUCUAUAGUAUAUAUAUAAACAUAUAUAUAUAUAUAUAGUAAGGCGCUCAUAUAUAUUAACAUUCGAAUGUCAAAAGAAUCAUUUAAAACAUAGGACAACUGUAAAGCAAAACAGGCAGAAAAUAUUAAGAAAAAAAAAAGAACGAUCCACUCAAAAGAAAAAAAAACCAAAAAAACGUAUAUACAAUAACGUAACGUAAAAACUUUGGACAUCUUUUUUUAUAUAUAUACAAAGUAAAAACCAAGAAGACGAGGAAGAGAAAAAAACAAAAGAAAAUCUAAAAAAAAAAAGAAAACGGUAAAAACAUUUAGUAUAAAAUUAUAAAA